AAUUGUAUUCACUUCACUUUGAUGGAAAAAUGUGUAGCCUGGGCUACUUUAAGAAUCAUGCAAAAUCGUUCAUUCACAGUAUCCGAGGCGCAGUGACGCGUACGUCUUUGGACAGGUGGAGUUCGUCUACAUUUCUUUAUUUAUUAAAGGGGCUUGGACAAAGCAGGAUAUCAUUCCGGUUUUAGCCUGAGCAAUAUCCUACUCUUUAAAUUACCUUCGGACUGUUCUGCUGCUUGGUCUUUAUCCCUAAAGAAAUACGCAGUGGGUAUGUGCAAUGUAGCUAUCAGUGGAUAGGGUUAUAUUGUUUUUGGCCAUAAACCAAUCGGCAUUAAUGAUUAAGGAUUAAUUUUAUUCUUAACAUCAUGAAGAAUCCGAUAUUGGACAGGUGUAUGCUUCUGCUAAUCUACCACAAAGUAUUGAUACAGAGUUACGCGUUGAGUGAGUCCCUCUAUCAAAAUGGCUUUGAUGGUGUGACCUUUCUUAACCCACCCACGGAGGUAGUAUCCAGAUACCAGCUACAUGUCCGUUACUCUUGCUCGAAUUCUGCCGUGGUGCACCUGGAGGCGCUUGUCUCGUCGGACGCCGAAUCUGCCAGGUCCGUCUUCAGGAGACUCUGGAGCUGCGAGCCAGGCCUUCCCCGAAUCCGGAGCCUGAUCUUACACUUCCCGGACUGGCUGGUUUACCGGGCAGACUGGGAGAUUCCGGACACCGAGUGGGUGCUCAGCGGCAUGCUCCGGGCAUGGGUUGUUGGGGACGCUUCCCCCGAUGAGUACGGAGAUGCUCUGGCUCGAUCCCUGGUUCUGCUGCAGCCGCUCCAUCCCUAUAGUCGCCCUCUGAAGCAACAUCAGCUAUGCCCGUCCUGGGACGCGGAGACGCUCUGGAGGAUCCGCAGAGACUCAAUUCCUCGUUGCCCUGCGGAACAAGAGGUCGUCCACUUCCUGUCUGCUCUGUAUGCUUCGACUGGGGAGACCUUUGGCAUCACCAGGACUCUGAGUCACUAUGGCAACAAGGUCCUGGAGCAUGCCAGGGUGAAAGCUGUCUUCUCUCCCUGGUGUGUGUUCUCACCGUGGCUGUUCCUCACUCAGCCCUGUAGGCAUAAGCUAUGUGGAGUGCUGUAUCAUAUCAACGCCCAGAAUGUCUAUGCUUCCCCUGCUGUGUUCCUCACAAGCUCAGGUCAGCUCCAUAUCCAAGUGGAUGGCGUGAGUGGGGAGUCCAUGGCCUUCUUGAGCCACUUCCAGCUGCCUCUUCACCAGUGGUGCCGCCUCACCGUGGAGCUGCUGGGCAGGGUGGCUAACGUCAGUGCAGUCUGUGUUGGAGACCAGCGGGAUUCUGCCUGGUCAGCUUAUCACAUCUUCAAGGAGGCAGUAAUGCUGGAUGAUACGGAUGGCUAUUUCGUGCUGGGAGGUGGUCAGUUUGUGACAGGGGUUGAAGGCUUCUAUGGGCCAACCAUGUACUAUCGUAACAGAGUGCCUUUUUUGAACAAGGUGAAUGAGGUCAGCAUUCUGCAGUCUGAACUAGCAGGAUGGUUCCGUUCCUGUCAGGAGUUUAAACUGGAACUUAAUUCAAAACUGACUGGAUAUUUGCUAAGAAUUCAAGAGCAGGAACGAGCUGGGGGCUGUGCCGAUGUGUUCAGUGAUUGGCUAUCGAGAGGAGCUCUUUCAUUCGCACCACCUCAGUGUGAGCUCUGGGAGGCCCCGGUCGCCCCGUGGAGACGCCACGCAGCCCGGCUGGCGCUCACUGCUGUCACCAGACGCGAGGGCAGGAGAGGUCAGCUGACCUGGGUGGGUGGAGCGCUGCGCUGGACUGCGCUGCGCAGGCUGACACAGGGCGGGCGGCCGGAGAGAGUGAGCCGCGCCAUGCCCCUCCUCCUGCAGGCGGGCUGCCUGGGGGACCGCAGGGCCCUGUUUCUGUCCUCUGUGCUCUACAGCACCGGCCUGGGAGUCAGGAGAAACACAAACAAGGCCUGGCUGCUGUCUCUACUGGCCGCCCAGCAGGACUGGAGACUGGCUCUGCUACGUCUCGGUCACCUGCAUCACCUUGGCGACCACGGCGUACCUGCAGACCCCCCCCUCUCUUACGCCUACUACUCCAACAUCGCCUCCCAGACGGCCUCAGACGUCCAGAACCCCUCUCCACAUCAGACCUUUGUGGAGUUGAUUCACCUGAACAACGAGGAGGUGCUGAAUCAGCAAACCAGCCAGGACGGAGACCUCUUCCACUGGCUCAAACUGCAGGCACGGAAUGGCGCUGCUGAGGCUGAGCAAGCCGUGGCUCAGAUGCUCUUCUGGGGGCAGCAGGGGGUGUCUCCGGACAUCCAAACCGCCGUGAAGCACUACGAGAGGGGCGCCACCAGGCUUCAGGACCCCACCUCAAUGUACAACUACGCCAUUGUCCUGCUUCAGGGACAAGGAGUAGAGAAGGACAUUCCCAAGGCAGUGAUGUACCUGAAGAAAGCUGCUGAGCUGAAUUUUUUGCCAGCGAUCACCGCUUUGGGCUGGUAUUUUGAGAAGUUCGAGGGCGACUACCAGCGGGCGGUGGACCUGUGGGAACGGGCGGACUCCCUGGGGUGUGGCGAAGCCGCUGUUAACCUUGGGACCCUACACUCCCAAGGGCUGUAUCCUAGGAAACCUGCCAGCCAGUUCAUGGCAUAUACGUAUUACCUGAGAUCUGCAAACAGAGCACAUAUUGUUGGAGCGAUCCGAGUGGCUGAGGUGUGGAGCAUUGGGAUUCCUGGUCUGGUCAAGAGGCUACCAUUGGAUGCAGUGCUGUGGGCGAAGUGGGCGUCUGAGCAGAAUGGGUACCUUGGAGCGGUCUUGCGGAAGGCCUUGGAUGCCUAUUUUCAACGAGACUGGUUUACAGCUCUUAUCUAUUAUCUGAUGGCUGCCGAGGCAGGAUUUGCUGGAGCCCAAUUCAAUGUGGCAUACCUGUGUGAACACAACCCAGGAGGUCUGCUGAGUCCAGCCUUUGUCACAGAAUGCAUGCGGAGAUAUUACAACCUUUCCAUUCAAAGCCAGGACUCAGCCCCUUAUGCCCUCUUACGGAUGGGAGAUCUCAUCUAUGGCAGUGGUGGGCGCAGCAGGAGAGACGUGACCUCAGUGGCAGAGCUCUACACACAGGCCGUCCUAAAGAAUGACCCACAGGGCUGGUAUAGCCUUGGUUUGUUGGUCCAGGAAGGACACAAGUUAUCAAGCACUGUGCUGGCCAAACUAGAUCUGUUGGAACUGUAUGGAGCAGACAACUACACAGUCAUGGCCACGCUCUUCAGCAGAUGCAGAGAUCACGAGAGCAGUGAGUCAUACUUCCCAUGCAGCCUGGCUCUGUUCUACAACCAGCUGCAGUCUGCCUGGAGGCACCACGCCAACGCCCUGAAGGUCUCUAGCGCUGUCGUCAUAGCAGCGGUGACUCUUCUGCUGCUGGGCCGGGACAGGCUCCGGGGGUCCUAGUCCCAAGACUGGAGUUUCUGACGCCCCUCUGGAAAGGGGAGGGAUCCCUAUUGGACGCCCUGCGGCCUAUUAACGGUUAUAGAGACAGUGGCGCCAGUGGCGUCUUUCUCUCAUUGGCCACCGGCUCUACCUCUAUCGUGCUGGACUGCAUUUGGAUCAGCUUUGAGAUAUUGGCCCUCCCUGGCCCUCUUCCCUCAGUUUGGGUUCUCUGCAAGGGAGGACAGAGGAGGAACAGACCAAAAUGAAAUUGAGCAACCCUCGCCUCUCUUCUUCACUUGAGAGCGUUGCAUUGUGGGAUACCCUUCUUGCUGAAAACUUGCAAUUUAAACCCGUGAUGGGAGGAAGGAAAAACAAGGGAUGAAGGGGAUCUAAUGUCAGGGAGAAAGCAUAAAACUUCUAUUCCGAAUGCACGUCUGGUUUCCUUUGAGCUGGUUUGUCUCAGUAGCUCUUGCACUAUAGCCAACAUCAUUCGGCUGAUCACCAGCUUGCUAUUCUCAGGUUGUUUAACAUGAACAUCUACUAUUAGGCAAAUAAAUUAUUCCAAUACAUUGA